AUGCCUGGCCUUCGUCUUGGAUCCAUCGCCCCUAACUUCACCGCCGAGACCACUCACGGUGUCAUCAACUUCCACGAGUACCUCGGUGACUCGUGGGGAAUCCUCUUCUCGCACCCUGAUGACUUCACGCCCGUUUGCACCACCGAGCUCGGUGAAGUCGCACGCAAGGAGCCCGAGUUCAAGAAGCGCGGUGUCAAGGUGAUCGGCCUCUCGGCCAACGACGUUGCCUCGCACGAUGCCUGGAUCAAGGACAUCAACGAGGUCGGCAAGACUUCCGUCAACUUCCCCAUCAUCGGCGACAAGGACCGCAAGGUCUCCACUGAGUACGACAUGCUCGACGCCCUCGACCCCACCAACGUCGACGCCAAGGGCAUCCCCUUCACCGUCCGUGACGUCUUUGUCAUUGACCCCAAGAAGGUCAUCCGCCUCAAGAUCUCUUACCCCGCCUCCACCGGCCGCCACUUUGACGAGAUCCUGCGAGUCAUCGAUUCGCUCCAGAUCGGAGACAAGUACCGCGUCACCACCCCCGUCAACUGGCAGAAGGGCGACAAGGUCAUCGUUCACCCCUCGGUCCAGGGCGCCGAGGCCGAGAAGCUCUUCCCCGGCUACGAGACCGUCAAGCCUUACCUCCGAUUCACCAAGGACCCUUCCGCCUCUUCGGCCUAA